CGCUUAAAAACUAAGGUUGACGUGUCCAAGCAUUUGUAACGCAGGUUUUAACGGUUUUUUAUUCGGAGCGUUCCACAGCCGGCAAUCGCACUGUAUAUUGUUUUUGAGCUAAACAAUAGUUUGAAAUUUAUUUCAAUCUUUGAAAACAACUAAGUUGGUAUAAUGCAAAAAAAUACACACAUUAAAUUUUGUAUGUUACUACCGUUGUAUCAAAAAUUAUCCUGGUCAAAGUUGACUGUGCGCCCUAUGCUGGCCCAUGUAAUUCUGUCAAAAUCCAGGCGACCUGACCAGGAUAAUUUUUGAUUACUACUACUAAGGCUUAGUACAAUGUAUUCAUCUUGUAUAGAAAGUAAAAAAUCUGCGCCCCUGAGAUGCACCAAGCCUGUCCAAGAACCAGAAAAUGUAUUGCUGGCCAAACAUAAACAAACAAUGGAAUUAGUGGUUAAAAUGCAAAAAGUUCAUCGAUAUAAGUGUAUCAAAUCGCGUAGGAUUUGUUCAGUACCACAGUGUUCAACCUACUGUGAAAUUGAAAAUGAAGUAUCUCUACACAAAUUUCCUGAUGAUUUGAAUGUUCGUAAGCGGUGGAAGUGGAUAUUGCGAAUAGGAAAGCCCAUUAGUAAAUAUAUGUUGGUGUGCAGUAAACAUUUUCGACCAGAAGAUUUUAUGCCAGUGACUUCCACAACUAUUAAAAAGCGUUUAAAAAAAGGCGUUUUACCAUCGCAGCAUAUACCAGUCAGGCCACAUGAUACAGCUCAAAACCCUGUGCAACGAGGUGCUAGGAAAUCGUUACAGUGUGAUAAUGCCGCACUAGAUAUAGAAGUAUCACAAACAAUGACAGAACAUGAGGAUAAUAUGGAGACAGUUGAUAAUGUAGGUAUUGUUCGGAAGGCAUUCGAAAUUUCACCAGAUGUAACACUUAAUCUACAAUGUCCCUCUACUGCAUCAAAAGGUAUACAAACGGAUUGCUCUUCAUUUCAACUACCACUUCUUUUGAAGGAUGAUGAUAAAUUACUUCAUUUUACUGGUAAGCAUGGUCUACUAUAUAUACCUACCUAAUCAUUUAUGAAGAGCAUUUUUGAGAAUACAUCUACUGUGUUAUUGCUUUAACGAGGUUCAGUUAUAAUGUAAUAAUAAAAAAGUAGGUACGAUCAUAGCACUCGUCCCUAUGCGCUCAGUGGUUAUGCACGUACCCAAGCACUGUGCUAGUUGCUCACUAAUUUUUAUUAUAUUCCAGUUCAAUGAUACUGAAUGCUUAUGUGAAAUGCGUACAAAACGUUACUAGUGGGGAGAUCAGCGAAAGCGAAAUACAAAGCAGUAUAAUCUUAGUGCUAUGUAAACUCAAAACGAACAUGUCUUUUGUAUGUUUAGCAGUUCUCUUCAGUAUGAACAUUAGCACAUGCAAAAGAAAUUUUUACAAAUAUGUUUCUUAUUUAUCAGCUAGCAUUAAACCAGCUAUCUAUUGGCCAAGUAAAGAAGAGAUCCGGAAAAACCUACCACUCUGUUUUAAAGAUUUUAAGGACACUAGCAUAAUCUUGGAUGCUACUGAAAUAAAAGUGCAAAAAUUAAAUUGUUUAAAAUGUAGGAUUUUAUCAUAUUCACAUUAUAAAUGUUGUCAUACGAUGAAAUUUUUAAUAGGCAUUACGCCAUCAGGGCUAAUUUCAUAUGUGAGUAAAGCAUAUGGUGGCCGAAGCAGUGAUAGGGCGAUUUUCUGUAAUGAGAAUAUUAUAACUAAAUUAGAUCUGCAUGAUGCAAUUAUGGUGGAUAAAGGAAUAUUAAUAGAAAAAGAGUGUGAAGAAAAUUGCAUUAAAUUAAUUCGGCCACCAUUUUUACGAAAAAAUAUACAAUUUUCAAAAGAACAAGCACUUACAACUGCUAAUAUAGCGAGAGCAUAGGUUCAUGUGGAACGUGCUAUUCAACGUUUGAAAAUUUUUUCAAUUUUGAGCGAAAUUGAUUGGUAUCUCAUUCCGUACAUGGAUGAUAUCAUGACAAUUAUUGCUGCGACAGAAAAAUAUCUCCUCCUAUAUUAGCAGCAGAUAAAUUUUCAAUGCACUAGUUUUUAAGUUUUUGUAUACCUAAUUAUGUUACAAUAGGAUGUAAAUGCAACUUAUUAAAAUUUUAUUUUCUUUUGUUUGACAUCACCACAUACCAUUCCAUCACAAACAGUAUUUCUAUCAUGCAACCAACCAGCAAUUAGGUUGAUCAGUGUAAACGAAUUUGGGAAAACCUGCUGUAGAACCAAGUACUAUGCGAUCAAAGAUCAGUUGCUGUCGAAUCACCUUUGGAAUUUUUGUCCACAUGAGAAAUCGUACUUGAACUUCCAAAGGCGACUCGACAACAACUCAUUUUUGAUCGCCUGUUUCUAACGAUGAGACUAUAUUAUAUUGUUAGAAAUUAUCUUUAUUUAAACAGUAAUAAUGUAACAUAUUAUUAAAAUAUUUUCUAGUGACUGUUUUCAUCAGAUCUGUAGCGAAUUGUUCAUUAAAGGGUACUAUUAUUUGUAGGUAACUAUUUGAAAAAGAAGAGUACACUAUAAAAUAACAAUUUUUUAAGUUUAAUAACGCCAUGCCUAAUUGUAUUUGUCCAUAAUGCGAAUGACGAUUCUUCAAUACCACUUCACCAUUCCUUUCUACUAAAUAAUUGCAGUAGUCAAAAAAAUGGUCUGUUCCUUUCUCUUUUCCUAAAAAUAACAAUUGUAAUGUUUUUGUAAUAAACACCAGUAAUAAAUUCUAUUACCUAUGUAUGGGCAUUUUAUUUCCAGCAAGCUGUCGGGUACACCGUUAUUCAUAAUAAUACCGUCCGGAGAAUAUGCAAGCCAUGGCAUCAACUUGCAUACAAUUAAUGAACA